ACGUCUAGUUUAGGGUCAGAGAAAUGGACAACGCAGAUUUGGAGCGUUUGUCCGUGUCACCCGCUAAGCUAUCUCCUGUUUUCCACAAAGACACGCUGGAAUACGACAUAGUUGUUGGCAGUGAAGUGUCUCAAUUGAAACUCAGUUUGCUGACUGUCGACGAAGACGCAUCCUACGGCAUCAAAGCUAGUAGUGGUGGUGAUGGUGGAAAGACUGUUGAUCUGAAAGAGGGUGAAGUGACAUCAAUCAAGAUUGAAGUGACGGCCGCAGAUGGCAGAAGUACGAAGCUCUACGUUAUCAAUGCCAAACGAGUGUCGGCUAGUGAUGCCACUCUUUCUGAUCUUGGAGUUCAGUCACGUGACCUGACUCCAGCAUUCUCACCUGACAUCACUGACUACACUGUCUGCGUCCCUGCAUGUGUGACAGAACUGAAAAUCGAUGCUGCAGUUGCUGACACCAAAGCUAAGGUUGUUCUCGAGAAUGGAGACAUUUCCAUCCCACAGCAACUCAACAGUGGAGAAACACGUUUCGUUCUCAAAGUUUCGUCUCCAGAUGGUUCAACAGAGCAGCAAUACAAAAUGUGUGCUAUAAGAGAUCAUGUGGGACGGAGUUGUGUUGUUGUGGAUCGAAAAGCAGCUGCUGGUUUGGAGUGUCCUAUCUGCUUGAAUUUAGUUUAUAGGCCAAGAGGAGUGGCAAACAGCAAACAUUCUUGCGUUUUCUGUGCUUCAUGUAUCGCUGUGUUGACUCGUACUAACAAGAUUGAUCCUAUCGAUGAAAGUGUGCUGGAAGGUGAGUGGCUGGUGGAGAAGCCUGAUGUUGAGAUAAACGUGUCGCAACUGGACGUUCAUAGCUGGUCGGGGGAGAAAGUUCAACUGAAACAGUUGGCUAAGAUAGAGAAGAAGUGGAAGGACAAAAAUGGAGAACCAAAGCUAUCACCUGCGAGUGCAGACGGCUGCAGCCCUGAUGGUCCUGAUGUGACGCACAGUGUGAGUGCACGGCAGUGGGAAGUCAAACUGCGACUAGAAGGAGAUGACUUCUCACCCUCUCAAGCAGACGAAUGGCUGAAGAAAUACCAGCAAAGUCUACCGAAACUUGGAAGUGCCAUACAGUUCAAGACAGGCCAGUCACCUAUUGACAACCUCUACAAUGCUGCUGCAUGUUGUGCACAAGCAAUAAAACAAUGUCCUCGCGAUGCUGCCAGCCACUUGAAGCUGGCAUUUGUCUUAGAGGAGAUUUGCUAUGCACAGGAUUUGCAUGGUGUUAAGAAAUCUGUACAAGACGAUGGCGACGACACUGGUCCUGCUGCUGUAGAGAGUUCAAAGCUGGAAGAGUUUCUAGCCAUCUGUCAGUUACGUGGUGUGGCAGACAGUGCACCAUUAGCGAAACAGUUGAAAGCAGUCGAGGAAGAAUUCAUGCAGUUGAAAGAACAAGGGCAGACGGCUAAAGCAGAGCAUGUACAGUCACUGUAUCAGUGGAAAUCAAAACAGGCACACAGGGGCAGUAAGUUUGGUUCCACAUCUUCUGAUGAAGAAACACUACUGGGAAAGGCGUAUUUGAAGUAUAUGGAUGCUUUGAAGUUGGACAGUGGAGGACACAAGUACAAUCUACAUGCUGGUAGGAUGCUCUUGAUGCAGGGCAAUAUUGAAGAGGCGUUGGUUAGACUGAAAGUUGCCAUGGCGAUAAAGCCAAAUGUGGCAGAGACAAGGUUAUAUUAUGGUCUUGCACUCUGCCAGCAAUCUAGUAGAUGUAAAGAAGGAGGUCGUUGGUUGAAUGAUGCUCUUUCUUUCUAUUUGAAAUUCCGUUCAUCUUCCAGCUGUACACAGAAUGAUCAGAACAACGGUCCUGUAUUGCUAGCUGAUAAGCACCUGCGGGAUACAAACACACAACUGCUACGAGGAUUCAUCGAACUUGCUCAACUGCAGAAGAAUGGAAAUGGAUCAGAUGGCAUGCUGAGUGUCGAAGAAGCAUGCAGGAAUGCCAGUCUUAUUACAGUCCAACAACUUGGAAGAACAAUCAAUAGAGGAGAGAUAUAUCGUCAGUUGGAGUGGGUGCUUCUCGAUGCUCAUUUGUUAAUGUUGGAUCAACACAAAGGUGACAUUAGUGCUCCAGAGAUGGCAGAACGCUGCCAGAGGCUUUCUGUGUUGACUCGCCGCUUAACAAUUCCAGCUGAAAAAGAACUGUUGCUCGUACAGAGACAAGUUUGUGAAAAAGCAGUCUCUAUUCUGCCUGCUGGAAGCCUGGCUCUCUGUCAUCUUGGUGAUGUCCAACUUGCCCAAUAUGAUGUAGGUGGAGAGAGUAGUGAUGUUUGUCUCAACGAUGCCAUGUUAAGCUAUCGAGCCAGUAUUGUUGUAGAAGGGAAACUGAAACAAUCCAAGGAGAUACCGUCUACUCUCGGUGAGCAGCAAUGGUGGAAGGACCAACGAGCUAAAGAGCAGGCAGAGAUUGAGAAAGCAAAGGCUACUGCCACAAAAGGCCAGUUGGGUAGCACGGCUGCAAGUACAGGCAGGGGCCAUGGUGUCCAGCAAGGCAGAACAAGAACAAAUCCUGCUGGUCAGGGGACUACACCUGGCAAAGCAACAAGUGGGGCUGGAGUGAGGCCAGCAAUGACAACCACUGGUAGAGGAAGAGCUGCUCCUGUUACUGGCCGUGGUGCUUCAGCUGUCAAACCAUCAACCAGCCAGACAAGAACAGCAGCUGCUGCAAAGCCAAGUACAACAGUGAAAAGCACAACACAACCAACACGGCAAGCAGCAGGAAAACCAGCUAGUUCUACUAACAAGAAACCAACAACAACAACCUCAGCUCGAAGUAGAGUGACUGAAGCAAAACAACCAGUCAAACCAGCAUCUUCAGAUGCCAGUAGGCGCGGUACAACAGGAAAAAGUGUAGCUACCUUGGGAGAACUGAAAUCAGGAGUGAAAACAUCAUCAUCAACAACAAGCACAGGAGAAGGCAUGAAAACCAGUGGAAAUGCUGCUGACAAAGCCACACCACAGAUAAAACAGUCAGAAGACCUGACACCUGCAGGUGAGAUUAAUACCAAAAGUUACCAUCCUCGACUCGGUUUAGCAAGAGCUCUAGCUCAUAAAGAAGACGAAGCAUCACAAAGUGAGAGUCAGCAACUUUAUGAAGAAGUCCAAGCUUUAGCUCCUCAUGUUCACGAUGCUUACAUAGAACUAGCUGAAAUGCUAACCAAGAAAGAUGUGAUGGCUGCAGUUGCUGUGUACAGCAAGUUUCCAUUUUCUGAGUCACCAACUUUUGAUGACGCUUACAUUUACCGUGAAAUUGUUCAUUUGCUCAUUAAACAAGAGAAGUAUGAUGAUGAGCGACUUGGCCCCAACCUCAUUGGCUUGGGACGAGUAAUGGGCAUCAACAGUAUGGAGAAAUACGUCAACAUCCUAGAUGCCAAGUUCAAGACCAAAUUGCUGAAGAGCGUGUAUGCUGGUGUGCAUGGCAAGGACAUUGAUGACCCAGAUUUACAAGCAUUUUUCAAGUUCAAAUGUUGGAGUUGACCAAUGAGACUGCUUCUAUUUUGUAAUGGCAUAUUUUUUAUACAAAAUGUGAUGUCCACUAUAUUAGCUACCUGAAUGCGCCACCAUGACAUGGCAGGUGAUUACUGCUGUACUGACUAUAUAUUCUGGUGGUAAAGUGUAACUAACCUAUUAGCAAAGAGCCACAUUUCCCAAACUCACUGACCAUAAUAGGUGAAAGGCGUAUGUUACUAGCAUCCAGUUUGCCAAGCAGAAAGCAGUUGUUAACAACAUAAAAAAUUGGAAUACCAACUGUGUGAACUAACCAAAAAGUUGACAGAAAUGAGAGCAUGUUCACAAUGAUCAAUUCCCUCUUCUAGCAUCAGUGAUCUGGUUUGUUCCUCAUCACUCGCAAUAUAGAACAAUUUGUUUCAGUGAGAGGUUCUCCGUUGUCAUGAUCAAAUUUCAGCAAAGUUCUUUGAUUCCAACGUAUAUUUAAACAGCAAGGUGCUGCCGAUGUUUCGGCUGUUGUACUACAGCCAUCUUCAGGGCAAAUAUUCCAAUACUAGUAAAUACAAUGGAGUAGUUGUGAUGUCAUAAAUACAAGUAACCAAUAGUUGACCAGAACUAUCUACACUAAGAUGUACAAUUAUGAUGAAACUUGGACUAGUGAUAUGUUGUUGUAGUCUUCAUGAGACUUGCCCAACAUUUUGAUAGUUCCAUUCCCUCAUCCCUAUUGAUAAGUAGAUGUUGUUG